CAUCCCUAACAGGCUACCGUACUGCUGUUGCUAGGCAACAGGACGCUCUCUUCGUCUUCUCUCAGUGAAAGUGAAAAAUGUCUGAAAGAAACGGAGAUAAAAAGCUCCGUCCGCCUCUCACCGCCGGCCCGAAGCUGAAGAAACGUCCGUCCAGCAGUCAGACUGAUUCUGGGUCCAGGAGGGUCGAAGUCAGACCUCAGGCCAGACCUGCCUCUGGUCCAGCUAAGAAGAUCACUGAGGACCUUUUUGCUAAAGAGGAAGAAUACAAACUCUUAAAUGCAGAGCUGGAAGCUAAGACAGCAGCUCUAGUGAGACAGGCAGAGCAACUGAUGAGAGAUCAGAGUGAUGUUCUGUCUCAGCCUUUAUCCAACCUCCUGCUGACGGACUUUGAUGAUGAAGACGAGUCCAGGAUGAUAAAGCCUCAGCAGAGCUCUGAGCAGCAGCCUGGUCUCAAGGUGGUGACCAAAAAAAGACCAACAUCACACAGUAAACGCUCUGGAAAACAAGGCAGAGAGCCUCACUGUGGAACUACAACCCCAAAGAAGUCUCAUGUGGAUGAUUUAGCAGCUGUAGAAGACUCAGCUGAUUUCUUCCUGGCGAAGACGAUCCGCGGCGUGGAGGAGAAGAUGAACGACUCUCUGAGUCAUGAAGAUGUGGGAGAUGAUGCUGCUGAUGCUGGAGACAAUAUAGGAGCAGGUGUCUCAGACGCUCAAAUACGAGUUCUGAAGGCAAAACUACGGAUCAUGCAAGAAGAACUGGAUCAACUGUCAUGUGAAUAUUAUAAAAAGGAUGAUGAAAACACUAAACUUGGUGCCAAAGUGAAGGAGCUUGAGGAGGAUCGAUCCAGACUGCAGAAGACAACCAACAUCCAGCAGACACAGAUUGAGAAACACAGAACUUUAGCAGAAGAGUCCGAUAAAAAAUGUGACGGUCUUCAGCUGCAAGUGUCUUCGUUACACAAGGAAAUAGAAAACCUGAAUCGAUCCCAGAAACAAGCAGCAGCGGCUCACAGCAGCGUGGAGGUCCGUCUGAACCGAGCGCUGGAGGAGGUGGAGAGGUUAAAGACUCAACUCAACAAGAUGAAACAGAGCAACAAGGACAAGAUCAGCGAGGAGCAUCAGAGUAAAGAAAAUCUACUGGCUGAGAACAAAAUGCUGAAGAAACAGAAAGCAGAACUCAUCCUGGGCUUCAAGAAACAGCUGAAGCUGAUCGACGUUCUCAAGAGGCAAAAGAUGCAUUUUGAAGCUGCUAAGCUGCUUUCAUUCACAGAAGAAGAGUUCAUGAAGGCUCUGGACUGGGGGAAGUCCUAAACAUUUUACACAUCUGACUUCUAAUGAGAGUUACAUUCAGCCAGCAGACCACCUGAGAUCUGUCCUGGAGUGAUUUUAAUAAAGAGCAGUCUGAAUAAAAAA